AUGGCGGACAUCAAGAAAUCCAUGGGCGAAAAGCCAUCGACGCCUGUCGAGCAUGGAGCUAUUAUCGAGACUACGGCUCAGGCUGGAGAUACAGAGUUACUGGCAACACUGGGUUACAAACAAGAACUUCGCCGCCACUACUCUACUGUCCAAAUCUUCGCCGUCGCGUUCAGCAUUAUGGGUCUCCUCCCGUCUAUCGCAUCAACACUCUCCUUCUCCAUGCCCGCAGGUCCCGUCGGCAUGGUCUGGGGCUGGCUGGUAGCAAGUUGUUUCAUUUUCAUCGUCAGUCUCGCAAUGGCCGACAUGGCGUCCGCCAUGCCCACAGCCGGCGGUCUAUAUUUCUGGACACACUACUACGCCGCCGAGAAAUGGAAGAACCCGCUCAGUUUUGUCGUUGGAUACAGUAACACUAUCGGGCUGAUCGGCGGCAUCUGCUCAAUCGACUACGGAUUCGCCAACAUGUUGCUCUCCAUGAUCUCUAUCGCGCGCGACGGCAAUUGGUCCGCUUCUCGACCUGUUAUCUAUGGAACUUAUGUUGCGACUGUGUGCGCGCACGGAUUCAUCGCUACGUUCUUUGGACGGGUGAUGCCGAAGAUUCAAUCUGCCUGUAUCUUUUUGAAUAUCGCGCUUGUUGUGGCGACGGUUAUUGCACUUCCGAUUGGUAAACAUGAGAAUGCGCCACCGGUGAAUUCGGGCGAGUAUGUUUUUGGUCAGGUGGAGAAUUUGACGACUUGGUCAUCUGGGUGGGCUUUUAUGUUGGCGUGGUUGUCGCCUAUUUGGACUAUUGGUGCGUUUGAUUCGUGUGUGCAUAUGAGCGAGGAGGCGACUCAUGCCGCGAGGGCUGUGCCGUUGGGUAUUAUUGCUUCGUCUGGGUUGUGUGGAGUUCUUGGGUUUUUGUGUUUGGCUGUCAUCGCUGCCAGUAUGGAUACGGAUAUUGAUGCAAUCUUGAAUUCCAAGUUUGGGCAGCCUAUGGCUCAGAUCUACUACGAUGCUCUGGGAAAGAAAGGUGCCCUUGGAUUUAUGGCUGUUGUGGCAGCCGUCCAGUUCUUCAUGGGACUAAGCAUUGUCCUGGCCGCUUCACGCCAAAGCUGGGCAUUUUCUCGUGACGGGGCUCUACCCUUCUCGUCAUUCUUCCGCCAAGUCAGCCAGCAUAAAUUAAUGCGCUACCAACCCGUCAAUAUGAUGUGCGGUGUAGUUUUUGUUUCUGUCUUGAUCGGUCUCCUUUCGCUCAUCGACAACGCAGCUGCUAAUGCGCUGUUCUCACUCGCUGUUGCUGCUAAUGACCUUUCAUGGCUGACGCCCAUCUUGGCACGUCUUCUUUGGGGACAGGACCGCUUUGUGCCCGGAGAAUUCUAUACUGGGAAAUACCUCAGCAAGCCGAUUGCGUGGGUUGCAGUCAUCUAUAUGGUGUUUGCUAUCAUACUCUGCAUGUUCCCGACUGAAGGACCAGAUCCGACUCCGGGCAAUAUGAAUUAUACUGUUGUUAUAAACGGGGCUCUCUGGCUAGGAUCUGCCCUUUAUUAUGUACUCCAUGCAAGGAAGACUUUCACUGGUCCCCAGGCUACGGUGGGACCGGAGGAUGAGGGUAAGAUCGCAGCAGCUAAGGUGGAGUCAGAGGAAUAG